AUGAAGGUGCUUGUGGCUGCUGUAGCUGCUAAAGGCCUUGCGGAGAAAAGCCUUACCAUCAGAACUCAGGAUUCUCCUGUUUUGGAAGCAAAGCCGAAGGUUCUUGAGACCUGCAACAUUUGCGGUGAUGUGAUGGAGGCUGUUCGCCUCAUCAAGACCUUGCCGUGUAAUCACAAGUUUCAUUUUGACUGCAUCGAUCAGUUCCACAGGCAGAAGCUGCGUGAAAGGGACAUGGACCUUCCAUGUUUUACAUGCGGCGCUGCAAGCAACAAGUCCAUAGCAGCUGUUAUGGAAGAUCGAAGAAAGGAGAGAAAGGAGAAGGAGGCGAUGCAGGAUGCAGCGGCAAGGCCAAAGGAGAGCAACACGCGGCCUGUGCGACCCAAGGGGUCCUUGUCAGCUUUGGCAGCAGCAUUGCAUGAAAAAAGUGGAGUGUCCUCACUCAGCUUGUAUUUGCUGGACCUGUGA